AUGUCUAACUUUAAAACUAAGUCGCCCAUUAUUGUAGAACUACACAACAAGGAUAUCAAAUUCGAAAAAUACAACUCCAACGAGCGUGAUUCAACCGACAAAUCAAAAUCAAAAGAAGAGAAAACUGUUUUGGCAAAAGAACAGUUCAAAAUCGUGAACAACAUGGCUACUAUUAAGGGCAUAUACAAGGUGCCUUCUGUAAAAUAUGACGAUGAUACAAUCACGAUGGGUUCAGGGCUUAACAACCCAGGCAUCAACAUAUGCUACAUGAACGUGAUCAUACAGGUCCUAUCGCACACUCCGUUGCUCUCAUCAGCUCUCCUAAAAUCGUACCACACGAAGGUAUGCAAAAACAAUGAAAAUAACAUCUUUUGCGUGAUGUGUUUGUUCGAAAAACACUUACAAAACUCUUAUGUAGCUUCAAACGCACUUAACAACCCGUUUUAUAGCAUAGCAAAGAAGUACAUCUACUCUAAGUUUAAGCUGAACCAGCAAGAUGAUUCUUUCAUUUUCUUGAAGUUUUUUCUAGAUUCGCUCUCCAAAUCAUGUUAUUUCUCUACAAACACAAGCACUGAUGAUAAUUGGGGCACUUCGAGCCCGAAUACGAACGUAGCCAAUCGCAAUCACUCAGCAGAGGGAGCGCCGAGCUCACCUCAUGGCAGAGGAAUCGCAGUGGAGGAUAGAGAGAGGCCAGCCGAAGAACAGGAAAUCAACCUUAACAACAUAAUCAUCACGAAUGAUAAAAUCAUGCACACGUUCAUAGGAUACCUGUUCGGAGGAUACUUCAGAAACUUUAUAAUCUGUAACCGUUGCAACAACAGGUCGGAGAAGGUGGAGGAGUUCUUUGACAUAUCAGUGGACACGACCAAAAGCAACGAGUUAAUUAACCUGCUUAACGACUUCGUGGUACCGGAGCAGCUGGAGGGGAGCAACCAGUACCUCUGCUCAAAGUGCAACUCGCUCCAAAACGCGACGAAGCUGCUGUCAGUCUACAAGUGCCCGCAAAUACUGACCGUGCACCUGAAGAGGUUUAACAUGAAUCAAAGCAGCGUGGAUAGCUCGCCCUGUAAGCAGUUUUACAACAAGGCCACGGCAUCAGGUUACGGAAGCUACUCGUCGAACAAGAGCAACGAAGGCACGGUGAAUAACAGCAAGUUCGGCUACUGCAAGAAUAAGUUCAGCAAGCUGACGAAUAGAAUACACUUUCCGCACAACCUGUCUAUAUCAAUGGAGGCCAAAAAGGGGGAGCAGACGUGGGUGAACUAUGAAAUUUACGCGAUCGUGUGUCACCUGGGCCAGUCGCUUAACUCAGGACACUACAUAACCUUCAUCAAGGGCAAGAACAACUUCUGGUUCCUCUUCGACGACUCGACGGUGAGAGUGGUAUCAAACGAGUACGUUAAGAGGCACGAAAAUGACGUGUACAUACUGUUCUACAGCAACGUGAGCACGACAACGUCACCAGGAGGCCCGAGCAGCUUGGAUGAGUGCGGUGAGUCGGGAUCAGUGGACAACCUUCUGAACGAGUACUCGCAAACAAACAAGUUCUGCACCACUAGCGAGGCCUAUAAAAGUAAGGCGGAUCAGAAAGCAGCCAAAAUGAGCAAAAGAAGUAAAAUUGGAGUCCACAACAAGAGUAAUAAAAGUGGUAGUGCUGAUAUGGAUGAGGGCGUUGAGGGUGCAGGUGUGAAGAGGAAGGGCGCGAAUGCUAACGCUAGGGACGCAGUUAACGUGAGUGGCAGGAGCACAGGUAUCAACAGCGAUGAGGCGGUUAGCAGUAAUCGGGGUAGUAGCACUGAUAAUGCACACAACGGUGGCGGAGCGGAGAGUAGCGGUGACGAAAGUAUCGACAGUAAUAAGUCGAUCGCCGGUAGUGAUAUCCUCGAUUUCGAUGAUAGUGAGUUGGUCAUUGAUGGUUUGAAUAGUCCAAUGGCUACAAACGAGUACUCUGCUAAUCUCAAGGAUAUCAACGAUUAUGCCGCCAUUGGAGCAUCAUAUGGUUUCAUUAGUCCAAAGACUACAAACGAUUACGCUGCUAAUGUUAAGGAUAUCAACGAUUAUGCCGCCAUUGGAGCUUCAUAUGGUUUCAUUAGUCCAAAGACUACAAACGAGUACUCUGCUAAUGUUAAGGAUAUCAACGAUUAUGCUGCUAGUUCCAAGGAUAUCAACCAAGGUGGCAUGGGUAGUGCGAGGUAUACGCCUGAAGAGAUCAGUUAUAGGCUGAUUCACGUCCUGAGUAAAUUCAAGGGGAAAAUGUGUAACACCUUCCUCAAGUUAAGGAAGUUCAAAAACUAUAGGCUCCUGUUGAUCAGGUUGUUGGCAAGCGCAUACAGUAUCUACGGAGCCAGCAUCGAGGACUCAAACCCAGUCAUGACUUCGCCCAGCAACGGAACCCGAGUAAAGCAUCCAAUUGAGACAGAUAUUGGUAAUUACUGCAGUAACAACGGUGGAAUUAAGGGCUACAAUGUGUGGUCAGAGGAAGAAGGAGAAAAGGCGGAAAGAUAUAAGAGGUUAUAUAGCUCAUUGGAAGGUGACGCAGAAAAGCCUGACGAAGAAGAACUGGAAUAUGAUAAAGGAAGGCCGCGAAAAUAUAAAAAGAAAACGGAAGAUGAGCGAUAUGAGUUCAAGAGGCACCACACAGGAGUACAAAUAGCUGUAAACCAGAAGGAUGUGUUUGACUCUACAGAAGUAAAAGUAAGUAGAAGCAACGAAGCGGACGCCACGAAAAAAAGGAAGAAAACUAAAACGAAGAAGAGGAAGAAAACAUACACAAAACACAAGUAA